AUGGCUGCUGCUCGGGGAUCGGGCCUGUUGUUGGCCUUGGUGGUGGUGCUCAUGUCGUGCCUUGUGGCGGCGGAUUGCGAGUGCGGGUUUCUCACGCAGGAGCAGAAACGGAACGGAAGCGCAAGUGGAAAUGGAAAUGGGCAGCUGUUCUUUACCAACAUGAUGGAGAGCAAGUUCUUUGAGAUGCGAGACAUUUCGCGGGACGGCACGUGGAGGCGGCAGCAGUACAACGUUUCGGCGAGGGCUGGGCGAGGCGAGUACGGCAAGUCGUUUGCUUUGGACAAUGUGUGGACGACUUCUCGCGAUGGUGAGGGGGAGGGUGAGGAUGCUGAAAAGUUCAACGGUGGUGGUGAUGGGGUUGGGCUGGUGGUGGGCAGCACGGUUGUGGAUGAGGCCAUUCCGGUGGCGGAGCUGGACUCGGCGAGGAAUGACUUGCAUUACGGCUCGUAUCGCGCGGGCAUGAAGCUGACGGCCGUCAACGGCACCUGCGCGGCCUUUUUCUGGUACUUCAAUGACACCCAGGAGAUUGACAUGGAGUUUCUGUCGCGAGAGUUUGACCCCGUGAAGAAAAUCUAUCCCGCCAACCUCGUGAUCCAGUCGGAGGCAUCGCGCAAGGCGGGCUAUGAUGCGUCCAAGACGGGCACCUUCAAGGUGGUCAACCUCACGUUUGACCCUACCGCUGGAUUCCACGAGUAUCGCUUCGACUACCUGCCCAACCGCGUCUUGUUCUACGCCGACAGCCAGCUGCUGGCCGAGAUGACGGGAUCCUCGGUGCCCUCUGGUCCGGGCCACAUCAUUCUCCAGCACUGGAGCAACGGGAAUCCCCUGUGGUCUGGAGGCCCUCCCACGGAGGAUGCCGUCCUCACCGUGAGCUAUGUCAAGGCUUACUUCAACUCUUCGGCCUCGACUGCUCAGUCAAGCUGGGCCGAGAGCUGCCAAAAGGCACGGGGCUAUGAUUCGGAUAGCAGCAGCAAUGACCGAGUGUGUACGGUUGCAGACGUGACGGCAGCAAACGCCAGCACGGGAGGCACCUUUUUCAACACGAGCGAUCCGAAUCAGCCAAGCAGUGGCGGCGAAAGUGAUGAUGAGAGCGGCGCGACUCGUCUUGGCAGCACGGGGAUGGUGGUGACGGGUGCCAUGUUGCUGGUGUUGAUGAUGGCUUGCUUGUGA